GGGUGUGCGAAUGCAGGGGGCCAGGAGGUGCGGGUGCCUGGCGCCGGGAUGCGGUGGUGGCCGGCCACUCAGCUUGGGAGCAGCCCAGGAGCUCACUAACCGGAGCGGUGCGGGCGGUCCGGCGGCGACAGGGUUAUCCUCGGCAGGUUCGCGAUGCAGCGGGCAGCGGUGCUGGUGCGGCGGGGCUCCUGCCCCCGCGCCUCGGGCCCCUGGGGCCGUAGUCACAGCAGCGCUGCAGCCGAAGCCUCCGCCGCGCUCAAGGUGCGACCGGAGCGCAGCCCUCGGGACCGCAUCCUCACUCUGGAGUCCAUGAACCCGCAGGUGAAGGCGGUGGAGUACGCGGUGCGCGGACCCAUCGUGCUCAAGGCCGGCGAGAUCGAGAUGGAGCUGCAGCGGGGUAUCAAAAAACCAUUCACUGAGGUAAUCCGAGCCAACAUUGGGGAUGCCCAUGCUAUGGGCCAGCAGCCAAUCACCUUCCUUCGCCAGGUGAUGGCCCUCUGCACCUAUCCAAACCUGCUAAGCAGCCCCAGCUUCCCAGAAGAUGCGAAGAAGAGAGCCCGGAGGAUCCUGCAGGCCUGUGGUGGAAACAGCCUGGGAUCUUACAGUGCCAGCCAGGGUGUGAACUGUAUCCGGGAAGAUGUGGCAGCCUUUAUCACCAGGAGAGAUGGUGUGCCUGCAGACCCAGACAACAUUUACCUGACCACUGGAGCUAGCGACGGUAUUUCUACGAUCCUGAAGCUCCUGGUCUCCGGGGGUGGCAAGUCGCGGACAGGCGUGAUGAUCCCCAUCCCACAGUACCCUCUGUACUCUGCGGUCAUCUCCGAGCUGGAUGCCGUCCAGGUGAACUACUACCUAGACGAGGAGAACUGCUGGGCCUUGAAUGUGGACGAGCUCCGGCGGGCAGUGCGGCAAGCCAAAGACCACUGUGACCCCAAAGUUCUCUGCAUUAUCAACCCCGGGAACCCCACAGGCCAGGUACAAAGCAGAAAGUGCAUAGAAGAUGUGAUUCACUUUGCCUGGGAAGAGAAGCUUUUCCUCCUGGCUGAUGAGGUGUAUCAGGACAACGUGUACUCUCCUGACUGUAGAUUCCAUUCCUUUAAGAAAGUGCUCUACCAGAUGGGGCAGGAGUACUCCAGCAACGUGGAGCUCGCGUCCUUCCACUCCACCUCUAAGGGCUACAUGGGCGAGUGUGGCUACAGAGGGGGCUACAUGGAGGUGAUCAAUUUGCACCCUGAGAUCAAAGGCCAGCUGGUAAAGCUGCUGUCAGUCCGUCUCUGCCCGCCGGUGUCUGGACAAGCCGCCAUGGACAUCGUUGUGAACCCCCCUGAACCAGGCGAGGAGUCUUUUGAGCAGUUCAGCAGGGAGAAAGAAUUCGUUCUUGGAAAUCUGGCCAAAAAAGCGAAGCUGACAGAAGAUCUCUUUAACCAAGUCCCAGGGAUUCAGUGCAACCCCCUGCAAGGAGCGAUGUAUGCUUUUCCUCGGAUCCUCAUUCCUGCCAAGGCUGUGGAGGCGGCUCAGUCCCAUAAGAUGGCCCCAGACAUGUUUUACUGCAUGAAGCUCCUGGAGGAGACUGGCAUCUGUGUCGUGCCUGGCAGUGGCUUUGGGCAGCGAGAAGGCACCUACCACUUCAGAAUGACAAUUCUCCCUCCCGUGGAGAAACUGAAGACGGUACUCCAUAAGGUGAAAGAUUUUCACCUCAAGUUCCUGGAGAAAUACGCAUGAGGACGCCUCAGGCGCCAGAGGGUCUCGGUCCCAAUGCUACCCAGGCCUUCCUCAUGGACUCUGCCUCAGACCUGACGCAGGUCGCCAACCCUGUUCAUCAUCAUUUUUCCCAGGAGACUUCUUUCUUUGUGCCUUGAUGUUGAGAGCUCUCUUCUGAGCAAACAGUGAUUUUGCAAUGUCUCACAGGCCCUGUUUUUUAAAUGCAACCAAAGCAGAGUCAGCUUGCUCGGCAGAUGUGGCUGGAAUUCUCUGAAUCACCUCUGUUUGUUGUAUUCGGAACGUUCCUUUGGGUUUUGAGCAGCCAGGGUGCACUGAAAUAAGAUAGUUCAGAUCUGCAGAAACAAGCUGGUGUUGGGAAAUGUGUGACUUAACGUGGUGAGGGCUGGAAACCCGGAAAUCAACUGUGAGAUCCCUUAGCAGCCUGGAAACAUAGUGUUUUGAACGGUAAACCUGCAAAUCCAGCAAGAACCCAGAGAAAGCUUGUCAUUCUGGUCUGGAGAUAGGCAGCUUGUCACAGACCAGAACACUAAAGUCAGCAGUGGCACAGGGGUCACAUCAGAUACCAGGCUAGAUUGUACUGCACACGGGACAGGCAUGGCCUAGGUCAGAGAUCCUGAGGGGAAGUGGGUAGACGGCAGGCUGCAAGUUGAACUGGGUCUUCUGAGCCGCAUGGCAGGUGGUGACUGAGCACACGGAGCUUUGCACAUGCUUUUGCUGCGACUUGGGAUGUAAGGUCUCCCCAGGCUUCAGGGACACCGGGGAGAGCCCUGAAGUAGCUUGGUGAUAUGAAGAUUCUCUGUCGCACUGGUAACCUAGGGAGAGUUUUCUCCCAAGGGUUAGUCUGAGCUUUUGUACCUAUUGCCCUCUGCUGGUGGCAGCAGAGAUGAGCAAAGGCUAAAAAUGCCCUACAUUAGGAGGAGGUGAUCUUUGUAAAGAUCUGACAGUUAAGCCCAUGCAGGUCUUUUUAAUUGUUUCAAAUUAAGUUUGGUUCAUUUUGUAAACUUAGUUGAUCACAGUGCCUGGUACACUGACUGCAGGAAGGAGUCCACAAUCUGAGUCUUCGUAUUUCUCUCCACAUCAGUUUCCUGCCUCUCUCUGAUCUGUGGACAUCAUCAGCCAUCCCUCCAUGUCACAGAGUAGCAGCCACCAAGCAAGUGUAUUUCUUGAAUUAGCGCACUUGGGUGGAGCCAUGUGCACUCCAGGGAGCACCAGGCCAGGUUUUCUUCCCCAGCAUCCCCUGAUUGUUUACCUUCUUCAUGAGAAGUGAGGGAAGCCAUGACUGGCUCAGGAGCCUGGGGACCCAGUGAAUCUGGGGGAGCGCAAGGAGCUAGAGAGAGCAAUGUGAAGGACUGUGGGGUAGGGCUGGAAACCUACCUCCUGCGCUGUGAUUCCACACUGGGUCUCUGCAGGAUGAUGCAGUUUUUGAAAAGAACUUGAAGCUAUUAACACUCACGAGCAUUACAUUACUGUGAAGGAAGCAGCCACGUUAUUAACAAAAUGGAAUGUUCUGGAACUUUUCUUUAAAAAAUUGAAAAGGCAGCAUGUGUGCUUGCUAGGCACAUAAACCAGAUGUACUCCGGCGUUCUGAGAUUUCUCAAUGAAAGGUUAACUAGAAGCUAGUAUAUUUUUUAUAUUUUUGUAACAAUUGCUUUUUUCAUGGGGGGGGGGUGGUGGAAGGGUUAGUAUUUAUAGUCCUAACAAGUCCAAUAAUUUUUAUAAUUCUCUUCAGAUUAUAAAUAAUCCUCCAAAUUUUGCAAUGUUUACAUGUUUUUUUUAAAUGAUGAUAAAUAUGCUAGGUUUGCUUUUUAAAUAAAACCUUAGGUGUUAUGAGAGAUUAAUAACUUCAAGUAGGAAUACUGGUUAUGGUAGUUUGGACUUUCUACAGAUCUUAUUCCCAUGCCUUUUCUGUUCCAGCAUCACUCAAGAAAGUUGUUUGUCGUUUGGGGUUUCCCUUAAGAGUCUACACCUGAGAGGUUUCUGUCCCUCCAGGGAUGCAUGUGGGUGGUGCUGUGGAAGCCUGAGCCAGGCUGGACCUGGGGCAGUCACACGCCAAAGGCAUUGUUUCUGUUGGGUGUAGGAGCGGGUGCAGACCUGCCUGUUGUCCGUUGUCAGUUCUUCAGGCCUCCCCCCCCCGAGGUCCUUGGUAAUAGCUGUGCUGGGAAGUUCUGAACAAUAAACUAUGUGCCCAGAA